GACCCGGAAUGUGUUGACAACUGUGACUGUUGUCAGAACGGUAGAUGUCACACUGGAAUAUAUAAUUGGCCUAAUGUCUGCUCAGACGGAUGCAUCGAUCGUCACAGGAGUGCUAGAUGUUAUGAGCUAUGUACAUACAAUUGCGUAUCGUGUCCAAAUAACGUGGAUAUAUGUUCUAGCUGUUUCGAGGGUUUUCAUCUUGGACCAAAUAAAGAUUGUACAUCAGAAUGUCCCGCUAACUGCAUAGCUUGUACUUCUGACACAAUGUGUACUGCUUGUAAGGACGGUUAUUAUAACAAAGAAGGAUCGACCACGUGUCCGCACGCUCUUUGUCCAGAGAAUUGUAAGUGCAGCGGUAAUACAUGUACAACUUGUAAAAACGGUUUCUAUGACACCGGCAGUGAAUGCAGCAAAGAAUGUCCGUCUAACUGUAUGUCCUGUUCAUCUCGGGAAAAAUGCAAUGAGUGUAAAAAUGGAUUUUAUAACGGGUAUGGAUUUGACAAUAAUGUUAGACAGUUGUUCAAUAAUUGCACAUUCAGAUGCAGAGUUAGUUGCAUAGACUGUCAAUCAUACGACAACUGCUUGCAAUGCUCUAAAGGAAAAUAUGGCCCAAAAUGUCGGAAUAAUUGCUCCAUCGGUUGCAAAGAUCAGAAAUGCCAUAUUGCGUCUGGUAAUUGUUCUUGUUCGCUAAACUUUGAUGGUGACAAAUGUACGGACUGUGUUAACGGAAAAUACGGAACCUAUUGUAAUGAGACAUGUCCAGUAUACUGCAAAAACGGUAAGUGUAACAAAACGUCGGGAUAUUGUAGUGAAGGUUGCAUCACUAACACAAUAACUGGCGCGAAGUGUAAUACCUGUACAGUUGGGAUGCACGGUAUAUUUUGUGACAAAAUUUGUCCUACAAACUGCAAAGCUAAACUGUGUAACCGAACAAAUGGUUUCUGUUCCGAGGGUUGUGAAGGCAACUUUAAAGGUCCAUUUUGUGACACCUGUAUACAAGGAAAGUAUGGAGUAGCAUGUGACCAAGAUUGUUCAUCAAAAUGUGAAAAUGCUGUAUGUGAGAAAGAGACUGGAAAGUGUGUCAGCUGUACCGGUAAUGUUGAUGGGGACAGUUGUGAAAACUGUCAAGCUGGCUUCCACGGGCAGAAUUGCAAUGAUAGGUGUUCUCCUCACUGCAACAGUACCACAUGUAGUAUCAAUACCGGUGUUUGUGAUUAUGGUUGCACAGAUAACUAUUCAGGUGACAUGUGUUGUGUGUCAGGCGGAAACUGUGUAAAGUGCGCUUCCAAAACUGAAUGCAGAGAAUGUAAAUCUGGUACUUUCGGCCAUUUGUGUGACAUAUUGUGCCCUGUUAACUGUCUAGAUUCCUGUGACAUCUCUACAGGUGUUUGCCGCGAUUGCAUUAUAAAUCAUUUCGGAUCCUUCUGCAACAGAACGUGCUUUGAAAAUUGCAAUACUUCAAUCUGGGAAGGCAUACGUCAUUGUGCAUCUUUAGAUGGAAAGUGCACCUUUGGUUGUAAAGAUGGUUUUUAUGGAAUAGCUUGUAAUAGCAUAUGCAGCGAUCUUUGUAUUGGCAAUAUUUGUAAACAGGAUAGUGGCAUAUGUGUAAAAGGGUGUGGUUGCUCAAACAACGACGACCCAGUUUGUGUUCUUGAUUUAGGCAAAUCACCGCUUGCACCUGAUAAUUCAACAGCAAGAACUACAAAUAUUGUUUUAGCAACACUUUUGGCUUUAGCUGCUACUGCAUUAUGUAUCUUGUUGUUACGGAACAUAGUAAGGAAAAUACGAUCUACAGACAGACAAACCGAGAAUUCUUCAUUUCAAAUUCCAUUAGACCAUUCGUUGGUAGUAAAUCAAGCUCCACAAGAAGGAGUUUCUGAAGUAGAUAAUUCCGCUUAUGAGAUGCUCGAUAGAACGCAGGGUGCUCCUGAACACACGUAUGAUACAGCUUCCGCCGGUGCUCCUAAAAGUGUGGUCAAUCCUGGACACACAGAUUAUAUGAAUCUGCAAAUCCAAAAGUCACGGAAUGCCAAUAAUCGCCCGUGAUCGUUAAAAAAAUACCAACAGCAAUCAUUUAACUUUGAGGAGGAACUUGAAAAUUUAUUACAUUUGUCGUUUGAGUGUUUAUUACUUAUCUGAGAAUGUAUGAAUAACUUUUUAAAAGUUAUAUUCUCCAGAAGUAUACAGUUGAAGAAAUAUUUAGCACUUUCGCAAAUGGCCAGUGAAAAUAAAGUCUCUUAGCUACAUUUCAUUUGAUAUCUCAUGUGUCCAUUAAAUAACCUUCAGGUAAUGACUUUGAAGGCAUCAAUAUUUUGUUGAAUUUCAAUGUACAAUGUAUUUGAGUUGUGCGCUUAAUCGAGAUCAAGUAGUAGCGUAAUAACUACGAUUUAUCAGAUGAACUGAAUUUAGCAUGUAUUAUGAUUUUAUGUUAUCAAGAAUGGAAUAUAUGUAAAUUAUUUUUCUCAUAAGGUAUUUGCAAUUGGUUAUCAUAUUAAUGUUUUUUCUAACAACUGUCAAUUUGCUAAGCUAACACAGUGUUUUAAAGUAUCAAUGCAAUUUGUUUGUAGUAUGUACGAGCACUAAUCUACAUAGUAAAAAAUGAAACAUCUAUAAAGGAGAAAACUUUUGCCCUUGGCCAUGAAAAGAUUCACAGUCCUUAAUUGAAAAAAUAUAUAUAUCUUAUUUAUAUGUAAUUUUCAAAUGAAAUAAAAGGUCAAACUGUUUUGUGUUUGUUAUAUAUGAGCCGCGCCAUGAGAAAAGCAACGUAGUGCAUUUGCGACCAGCAUGGAUCAAGACCAGCCUGAGCACCAAUUACAAUAAGCUUUGAAAGAGAACGGCAUGAAUACUGACCAGACAGCGUGUAUACACAGGCUGGUUUGGAUCCAAACUGGUCGCAAAUGCACUACGUUGCUUUUCUCAUGGCGCGUCUCAUAUAUUUUAGCAAAAAGAAAUGUUCAUAGUAAAUAUACAUGACAUUUGAAAUUUCACUUUUUACAUUUUUUUUUAUGUCUUGAUUUAAUGUUUUAAUGUUAGUUUUACAUGUACGUGUAGAAAACCAUAUCUCACAUUAUUGUCAAUAUUCAGUAUACUUUGAUUUGUGAAAUGUCUUUUAAUAUUGUUUCAUCAUAAUAACCAUAAUAACCAGAAACAAUGCAGAGUAGUCAAAAUUGUGCUUAAGUACGUUUUGUAUUCUAAAAGCUUAAACGUUAAAUCUACAACCACUUCUGGAGUAAUGUGCUAAUUUGAAAACAUUUGAUUUUAAUCUUGAAUGCAUACCCCGUUAUCACUUAUUAUUUAAUCAGGCAUAUUCAUCUUACAAUAUGGUGUUAAUCUAAAAGAUGUUUGGCUGACCCAUGUUUUAUCCAAAUAACUUCCAACACCUUAAGGACACGGUUUUAAAACUUUAAAGCUAUUUUGUUUUAAUUUUAAGCAUUGAACAAACUAUUGUGGAUUGUAUUGUCAGUAACGAUAGUAUCGGUAUAUAAUAUUUACUUCCUUCUUAACCAUUCAAAACUUUAUAAUUUUAAAUAAUCAAACGCCCAGUGCAUUCAUAAGAUAAAAUAUGCACGUGCUUUUAUAAAUAAAAAGUACAAGUAAAUAUGUGUAAUUAUUUUGAUUACUUUUAAUUAAUGUUUAAAGAACAAGUCGGAUGUUAGCAAGUAUUUGGCA